AUGUCGGUUUUAUUUCCUGAUUUAUGUUCUCCUGAUUGUCGCUGUUCUCCUGAUUGUCGCUGUUCUCCUGAUUGUCGCUGUUCUCCUGAUUGUCGCUGUUCUCCUGAUUGUCGCUGUUCUCCUGAUUGUCGCUGUUCUCCUGAUUGUCGCUGUUCUCCUGAUUGUCGCUGUUCUCCUGAUUGUCGCUGUUCUCCUGAUUGUCGCUGUUCUCCUGAUUGUCGCUGUUCUCCUGAUUGUCGCUGUUCUCCUGAUUGUCGCUGUUCUCCUGAUUGUCGCUGUUCUCCUGAUUGUCGCUGUUCUCCUGAUUGUCGCUGUUCUCCUGAUUGUCGCUGUUCUCCUGAUUGUCGCUGUUCUCCUGAUUGUCGCUGUUCUCCUGAUUGUCGCUGUUCUCCUGAUUGUCGCUGUUCUCCUGAUUGUCGCUGUUCUCCUGAUUGUCGCUGUUCUCCUGAUUGUCGCUGUUCUCCUGAUUGUCGCUGUUCUCCUGAUUGUCGCUGUUCUCCUGAUUGUCGCUGUUCUCCUGAUUGUCGCUGUUCUCCUGAUUGUCGCUGUUCUCCUGAUUGUCGCUGUUCUCCUGAUUGUCGCUGUUCUCCUGAUUGUCGCUGUUCUCCUGAUUGUCGCUGA